ACAAAGGUCCAGUCAUAUAUACUGUUUCAUACAUACAUUGGUAUUAGUUAUUCAUGAGCAUGUAUCACUUGACAGAGGAGAGUUCCAAACAGCUCCAACAAUGACAGUGUUGGGUAAAGAUUUCCUGGAGCAUACACUGAUCUCCGACUGCUAUCAGGAACAAGGCAGCAGCUGAACACCUUCUUCAACCUGCUGUCACAAAUCUAAGUCAUUGGGUGUCCUGGUUUAUAUCUACACCUUCUGAUCAGAAUUUAUUCCUUGAUUUCUAUUACUCCGAUAUAUCUUGGAUGCUUGAUUACUUCAGUAGUAUUCUAUGUUCAACCUGAAGUGAUUCCAGAGAGUUAUCGUCUGAUUUCUUUAUUUGGUAAAUUGAAUUUGAACUGUGAUAUUGUUAACGCAGUACAUGUGCUGUAGUCCAUAGUGACAACUUUUAUCCUAUUUAUCGUUACUGUCUCGUCAUUGUGUAUUGGUGAAUUGCUUGUGUCUUUAGUGACUGUACUACAGUGGUAAUAGCAAUUCAUAAUUUAACUGUAAAGAUAAUCAUUUUUUGUGUGUUUAGUAAUUGAAUCUAGUGACUAAUUUGAGAAAAUUGGAUUUGAAAAAGGAAAAAAAAAGUUUUGGAAAAUGCAUUCUUGGAUAAUAUGUGCGAUGUGUGUUUUGUUAUUCGUGUCUCAGUGGCAUGUUGUUGAUAUGAAACGACAGCAAGGCCAAGGUCGAAAAGGCAAACUGCCCAAGAAACUGGACAUCAACGAGAAUGUAGUGAGGAUGUGGGCCGAUCAAUUCAGCAGAAUCAUGACAGAGGAAGUGAAAAAAUUUACAGCGUACGAUUUCAUCAGAAAGAAUUACCAAAUGCAUACGAGUAAGCAUCAAUGGCUGCCUGAGGUGGUUAUCAAGAAAACAGCUCUCAGCAUCAAGAGAUUGUUACAAAGCAAGGUCAAGGCUGUCAGGAAUCUGGUAGCAGUCGCUGAACGGGCCAGUGAGAACCACACCUUUGAUGAACAGCUGGAGUUUGACUACCUCAAUAACAAGAAGCUCCUCAGUGAUGCAGAUCUUUUGGUGAUGGGCAUCAAUCGCACCAAUCCUGAGGUUGUCCGGCCACCACUGCCAGCACAUACCACCAAACCAACCAGCCAGCCCACUGAUUCAAAUCAAGCUGACGAUUCGGAUACCAAUUAUACAAACGAGGAAAGUGCUGAGGAGGCAAACUUGCACAGUGAUGUGAUGCUGGUAGGAGUAGGUGGUACGGACAUGAUGGCCAAGUAUCGCUACCUCCCCACUGUCAGCAGUCCACGAUUCAACAACGCAGCCGUCAAUUUCAACACCAGUACUGUACAUGUACCAACAAACGUUUACGAUAAAAAUUCUUUGAUUCAAAAUGGAGUGAAGUGGUCUGAGGCUCUAAAUGCGAGAAUGUUGCAGAACGACAGAGAAAUUAAAGGCCUCACUUGGCAAUACUUCUGUAGUUCUGACGGGUUCUUCAGAAUAUUUCCAGGUAUUCGAUGGCCACAGGACAACAAGGGAGGUAAUAUCGACAUGUUUGACUGCAGAGUUAGAAACUGGUAUAUCGAGUCGUCGUCCUCCCCAAAGAAUGUGAUCAUUUUGGUGGAUACAAGUGGCAGUAUGAAAGGGCUGAGAAUGGAGAUCACCCGAAGUACAAUCGAAAGAAUUCUAGAAACUUUCAGCAGUAAAGACUAUUUUAACAUCUUAUCAUUUAACAAAAAUGUGACCUAUCUAGACCCAUGCUUUAAUGGUACAAUGAUGCAAGCAAGCAAGGAGAACCGCCAGAGGUUAGCAGGAUACACAAAAGACAUGAAGACUUCCUAUAUAGCCAGAUUUGACAAAGCUCUCACAGAGGCCUUCGAUCUGUUUGAAAGGGAGGAGGAGAUAUUGGGGACCCCUCUGUGUAAUAAAGCCAUCAUGCUCAUCACUGACGGGGCUCCAGAGGGUUACGAACAAAUAUUUGAAGAACGAAAUUGGCGGAUAGAAAACAGAAAACCUGUACGGAUGUUUACGUUUCUGAUUGGUCGAGAAGUAUCAGACAACAGAAACGCCAAGUGGAUGGCUUGUGCUAACAAAGGUUAUUAUUGUCAUAUUUCAACUCUGGCUGAUGUCGCAGAAAACGUACAAGUGAGUAAAAUCUGA